GCCUUGUUAUCUUGGAUUUAUGUGACUCCUUACGUCAUAAAAAGAUCCUUGGGGUAAUCAACGAAUAAAGAAUUUAGCCUCAAUAACAGGCAUAGACAGAAAGAAAGCAACCAUCACUCUAAAAAGUUCAUUUUCAGUCCCGCAACAAAAUGAUUGUGUCCCAACUAAGUGAAGCGCAACGGGUUACAUUUGAUCAGUUUAAAGAAAAUGUAAAAGACUGCAAACUUCCCGACCCGAGUGAAGACUACAUCCUCAAAUGGCUAGUUGCACGAAAUUUCGACCUCGAUCAAGCAGAGAAAAUGCUGAGACACUCAGUUCAGUGGCGUCUGGCGAAUCGCAUCGACGAACUCAAAGAUCAGUGGGAACCACCAACGGUUCUUGUCAAGUACUACCCCAUGGGAAUAAUAGGCUACGACAAGUUAUACUGUCCAGUAUGGAUUGUGUCAUUCGGACAAGCGGACUGGAGAGGAAUGCUGCAAUCGGUCAGCAAGCGCGAUUAUGUGCGCUACGUUUGCUACUUAUCGGAAAUGGGAAUCGUACAAAUGAAGAAAAAUUCGGAACACGCCGGAAAACCUGUCACCUGUCAAACGAUUGUCAUCGAUAUGGAGGGAUUGUCCAUGAGGCAAAUGGGUUACAAGCCAUUCAGAGAAGUUGGUAUAGAAGGGAUCAAGAUUUCCGAGUCUAAUUACCCUGAAAAUCUACGAAAGACCAUCAUCAUCAAUGCUCCCAAAAUCUUCACCCUUGUUUUUAACAUGGUGAAGCCCUUUCUACAUCCGGUAACGCUCGACAAGAUAAGCAUCUUUGGCUUUGACAAAAGUGAAUGGACGGCCGCUUUGCUGAAAGAAAUUGACGCAGACCAACUACCUGUGCAUUACGGUGGAACGAUGACCGAUUCGAAUGGCGAUCCCAAAUGCUCCGGCAAAAUUAGUUUGGGAGGGGAAGUACCACAGUCUUAUUACAUGGAAACGGUUAAACCAACCGUUAAACCGGAAAUGACGUCAAUGACUGUGUCGAGUAGUAGCAAAAAGAAGCUGGAAUACAAAAUCAUUCAAGCGAAUUCAGUACUCAGGUGGGAAUUCAUGACCGAGGACAGCGAUAUUGGAUUUAGCGUCUACUAUGUGGAGAGAAAUGGAGAUAGGGUGGAUAUCAUCACAAACGAAAGAGUUCAAAGCCAUUUGAUGAUGGAAGAGGGCGAUGUUGUUUGUGUCCGCCCAGUACUCUAUGUCCUGGAAUUUGACAACAGCUACAGUUACCUCCGCUCCAAAAAGGUUUGGUAUCGCGUCGUCGUCGAUCUGCCCUCUGCAAGCGUCGUGCCCUUUGAAGAAUUUAAUCAGAAAUAAUUAGAGUUCGGCAUGGAAUUAGACUUAAUUGAAUUUACCUGUAAUUUGUGAACUGUAGCUCAAAUGUAAUGUUGGUAUAUGGAACUUGAAAUGGUAGGUAAUACUACUAACCAACGCCACUGCUGAGUUCCCAUACACUGCCAAUCUAAAUAAGAA